AUGUCAGAUAACCAUCUAGUUUAUGUGUCCCCUCAGCUUUAUCUGAACUCAAAAGACAAAUGGAAGUUAUCAGAACAAGAUUUUAAUUUUAGUUUGGAAUAUGUGGAUAGUUCAGCGUAUUUACCUAUACUAAAAGCUGAUUUACCUAAGUUUGUGGAAUCUCUGGAUGGCAAGAAGACAAGCAAGUUCAAAAAGACAAGUAUAAGGCAAAACAGUCUUACUCAAGGUAAAAAUCUGGUUUCAAGCCCAGAAAAUUCAACAGGUAGCACAAUUCAACCUAACGAGACGACCUCCAAAAAAAUUCAUGAGCAAUUAUAUAUAUCACUUCAGGAUUUCGCUGUCGAUAACAAUAGGGAUCAAUCAUUCCUAGUUGCAAUUGUAAAUGUACCGAUGAAACUAUCAAAUACAUUUAUAGAACAGUUUCUGAUAUACAUCAGUGGUGAAAAAAUCAAAAAUUGGACAAGCUGUAGUUCAGUGGAUAGCCAAACUUUAUAUGUUAAAUUUAAAGAUAUGUCAUCUAAGGAACUCUUUGAAAUCAUAUCAUUUUGGAACAUUGCAUUAAAGAAGUUAUCUCAAAAAAUUACAUCGUUCAACUGGGAGUUACACUACGAUGCAAGUUUGAAAAAAUCAGUGGAGGAAAACAGAAAAGAACCCGACGACAGCAUACAUUAUAUAGUGCCACUAGAUGAUGUUUCUGAGUACUACAUCACUCUUUUGAAUACUGAGAACUCCAAAAGGUUAGAUAACAAGGUUAAUGUUGGCGCUACGGCUAGCGCAGGUCCAGAAGAAGAGUACAGAAUUGACAUGCAAUUACUUGGAGAUUUGCCGGCAAAUGAGUUGGGCCAGUUGUGCAAGGAUAUUUUGAAUUUCAGAACGAAAGCAUUUAUUGAUGAGAGAACCAAAAUCACAAAGCAAAACGAAGAAGAUAACAAGAGAAACCGCCAAAAGAUGGACAGAAUAGUGGAACAAAUAAAGAAAUCUUGUAAUGUGGCAGGUGCAGAUGAGGAUAUGGGAGAUUCAGAAGAGUCAGAGGAAGAAGAAGAAACGGAAGAAACAGAUGAGGCAAUUUUGAAAAGACAAGAGUCAUUAUCGAACGAAGAAUUGGAUAGAAAGUAUACCAGUCUGUUAACCGUGUUAAAGCGAGACAUCGAGCCCAAAAUCGAACAAUUGAAGAAACAUAUAGGCCAAAACACGAAUUAUACUGCCGAUCUAUUUAAGAACAGAGACCUAUAUUUAAAGGAAUUGUCUCGUCUCACUUCCGACCCAUAUUACAAUUACAGUUUCAAUAGAGUGAGCAGAAAAAUAGAACAAGAGUUUGAUGUGCAAGACCGUGCUGCGCAUCCGCACGCAGUUCUCGAUAUCUUUAACAAAUACACGCAACCAAAGCCGGAAUCAGAAGAAAGUGAAACUCCAACGACCGGCAUAAAGAAGACGGUCAAAACGAGUAAUGGAGAAACCACCACGGGGAGCAAUAUCAAAGGCACAGAUACGAAAAUCAAAAUCAACUUAGCACUCAAGAAUAAAAUCGAUAAAUACGAUAAUGACAAGCUCGAGGAAGCUGUUGAGAUGAGUUCCAGUGCUACUGAGUCGGAUGAAGAGGUCGCGAAGAUCCGCAGGGUGAAGAAUAUCUUGCCGUUUGAUGAAGAAACCAUGGAGUUGAGAAUCAAAAAGUUACGUGAGAGCAAGAUUGUGGACGAACUCGUGAACGAGUACCUGGGCGUAUACGAAAACGAGUUAGUUGAGUAUAUACUAGACAAUAUAUCUGUGCAUAAAAACAAAGAGUUGCUGUUGAAGGACUUAAGGGAGACAUUCGACAGCGAUGCCAAUACCAUAGUGGAAACCAUAUGGUCGAGUGAAAUACUAAAACACUAG